AUGAAAGACUCAAAUGUCCCUAAAAACUCCACUGUAGCUGACAUGUGGAGAAAUGGCAAUUGGACUCUCCCUAAUCCAAUUGAUUCGUACACGGAUGACGCUUGGGACUAUAUUAAAGAUAAUUUCCAUCUGAAUAGUAGUCCUGAUGAGGUCAAGUGGCUGGUAGCUGACAACAACAAGUUUUAUAUCUCUAAGGCUUGGAAGGAAUUAAGAAGUGAAUCCAACCAAGUGAGGUGGUACAAGCUAGUCUGGAAUAAGAACAUUGUGCCAAGAUUUAGCUUCCUUCUCUGGCUAGCCAUUAAGAGAAGAAUGAACACUAAAAGCAGAUUAGUCAAGUGGGGAGUAGUUCCUGAUGAUAAGUGUGUCUUAUGCCAGAAUGAAAAAGAAACUAUUGAUCACUGCCUGUAUGAAUGUUGCUUUGUGAGAAAGAUAUGGGACAAGUUACUUCCUAUCUGUGGUUGUAAUGAGAAUAUCAACACAUGGAGAAGGAUAAUCAGCUGGUUCUGUAUAAAAGCCUCAGGCAAGAAUGCUUAUGCUGUUCUAAGAAGACUUAUUCUCUCUUCUACAGUUUAUUAUGUCUGGACUGCAAGGAAUAAAAAGAUCUUUGAGAAAGAAGACCCAGUUGUUGAUCACAUUAUCAGUAAUGUAAAGAAUGUGGUGCUAGCAAAGAUAAACAUGUCCCCUGAGGCUUUUGUAACAGGGUGGCGUGGAUUUGUUCUUGGGUGGCUUGGAUCUGUUCUUGGGCAGGAGGAGAUUGCUUUGAGGCUUUUGUAA